UAUCAAUUUUUCACUUCAAAAUUUUUUCGUCAAUUUGAAUUCGAAUUUGAUUUUUGAUUCGAAAAAUUCAAUUUUAAAGCAUCGCUGACGAUUGAAUAAAAAUUUCAUGUGCUGCAAAAUAAAUUACAUCGAUAUCUAGCCAACUUCAUGCGUUUGUGAUAUUACAGGAAAGUGAAAUUUCUUCAGAAAAUAUGGAAUUUAAAAACGUAUUUGUUACAGUAGGAACAACAGAAUUUCAAAAUUUAAUCGAUACCGUCACUAGUCCCGACAUAUUACAGAUUCUGAAGAGAAAAGGCUGCAAAAAUUUGAAAAUUCAGUACGGAUCUGGUGAUUGCUCGCCCUCAAUCGACGAUGAUGUGAUUUUCAUCGAAUGCUACGGGUACAAAGAUUCUCUACACGAUGAUAUGUCAGAAGCAGAUUUAAUUAUUAGCCAUGCUGGAGCUGGUACUUGUUUAGAAGCUCUCGAAUUACGUAAACCUUUAAUCACUGUGAUAAAUGAUGAGCUUAUGCACAAUCAUCAAACAGAAUUGGCGGAGAAAUUAUCUGACGAAGGAUAUUCUUUUUGUUGUACUUGUAGUUCGCUAAGUGACGUUUUACAGAAUUCCAAAUUCGAUAACCUAAAAACCUUUAUUUAUGAUAAUGAUAAAAAAUGUGCAGCAUACGUUGAAAAACUACUUUGUAAUAAAAUCAUUUAAAACUUUA